GGGAUGAAGAGGGAAAAGACAAGCCAACUCAGGGUCUUGCGGGGUAAGACUCCGCAGCCACCGCAAGCCACCGCAGCCACCGCAGCCACCGCAGCCAUGUGUUCGGCUGUGGCUGGUGGUCGGGCGGUGGUGGUGGUGGUUGCCUGGUUGGAUAUUGACUGCCUGGAUAAACAACAAAUGAAGAGAUAAUAAUAUAGAAGCUCGCACACAGUUUUUCUAUUUUCCACCGUAUCAGCAUCAGUCACCUUCCUCACCAACAUGUCUCCGUACCUCGCGGUCGCCAUCUUCCAUCCUCGCUAUGGCAACUUCCAGCAUUGGGCCCUCCAUCUUCACUCCGACACCGAGGAUCACCUGUUCGAAGUCGACGGGGAACACCCAGGUUUCACUAAAGUCACUUCCCACGGCCACCCCCGGAAUAUCCCCAUGUACAUCCAGUCAAUCAGGGUCUCGGACAUUGGCAAUGUGGACAUCCCCACUAUCCAGGCUGUCGUGGACGCCGCCCUGGUAGACAACGAGACCCUCGAGUGGGACUGCCAGGACUACGUGCUCGAACUCCUCGAGGGGUUCGAAUGCGAGGCGGUCAUUGAUGAUGAUGACCCCGAUUAUCUCGAGGCAAUCGAGAUUCUUCGCAGUAAGCGGGGUCCGAUCCUAUGAUCCUCGGUCCUAGCGUGCACCGGUGUACAAAGAACGGAGGAACCGACAAAGGAAAGGCACCCAAGAGA